AUGGUGGGGGUGGGCGAUCUUGUGCUGGCUGCUCCGGCGAUCCUGCUCGCCUUGCUCCUGACUCUGGUGCUGAGCCACUUCCUGCCUUUGCUCCUCAACCCCAAGGCUCCGAGGGGCAGCUUUGGAUGGCCCCUUGUUGGCGAGACCCUCAGGUUCCUCACCCCUCACGCCUCCAACACGCUGGGUAGCUUCCUGGAGGAUCACUGCUCCAGGUAUGGGAGGGUGUUCAAGUCCCAUCUGUUCUGCACCCCCACCGUAGUGUCCUGUGACCAGGAGCUGAACCACUUCAUCCUGCAGAAUGAGGAGAGGUUGUUCCAGUGCAGCUACCCCAGGCCAAUUCAUGGCAUACUGGGCAAGUCCUCCAUGCUGGUGGUCCUCGGGGAGGACCACAAGCGGCUCAGGAACCUUGCUCUGGCCCUCGUCACCUCCACCAAGCUCAAGCCAAGCUACCUUGGCGACAUUGAGAGGAUUGCGCUGCACAUAGUCGGGUCAUGGCACGGCAAGGGCGGCAGCAUCACCUUCUGCGAGGAGCAAACAUGGACGAAAAACUCUGCACAUUUUGCGUUCAGUGUGAUAGUGAAGCAGGUGCUGGGGCUGUCGCCAGAGGAGCCUGUCACUGCCAUGAUACUGGAGGACUUCCUCACCUUCAUGAAGGGCCUCAUCUCUUUCCCUCUCCGCAUCCCAGGGACCCCAUACGCCAAAGCUGUCCAGGCCAGAGAGAGGAUAUCAAGCACUGUGAAGGGCAUUAUCGAGGAGAGGAGGAAGGCUGACUGCUGCAAGAGGGAUGAUUUCCUCAACGUGCUCCUGUCAACCGAUGAACUCUCUGACGAGGAGAAAGUGAGCUUUGUGCUGGACUCCCUGCUAGGAGGAUACGAGACCACCUCACUCAUGAUCUCCAUGGUCGUCUACUUCCUUGGGCAGUCAGCUCAAGAUCUGGACCUAGUGAAGAGGGAGCAUCAAGGCAUAAGAUCUACCAAAGCAAAGGAGGAGUGCUUGAGCUCUGAGGACUACAAGAAGAUGGAAUAUACCCAACAUGUUAUCAAUGAGGCGCUGAGAUGUGGAAACAUUGUCAAGUUUGUCCACAGGAAGGCCCUCAAAGAUGUCAGAUACAAAGAGUAUCUGAUUCCAUCUGGCUGGAAGGUCCUACCUGUUUUCAGUGCUGUUCAUUUGAACCCCUCGCUUCAUGGAAAUGCCCAACAGUUUCAGCCUUGCAGAUGGGAGGGCCCAAGCCAAGGUACAAGCAAGAAGUUUACACCAUUCGGCGGUGGCACCAGGCUCUGCCCUGGAUCAGAGCUUGCCAAAGUAGAGGCUGCUUUCUUCCUCCAUCACCUUGUGCUCAAUUUCAGAUGGAAAAUCGAUGGCGAUGACAUUCCAAUGGCAUACCCGUACGUGGAGUUCCCGAGAGGCCUGCCGAUAGAAAUCGAGCCGAUUUGCUCUGAAUCUUGA